AUGGCCACCAUUAGUGAUUCUACUGGAAAUCCUCCGCAAUCCUCCUCAGCGGAUUCGGGAAGCAGCAUUCGCAGCAUGAUUGCCUUGCAUGUGCUGUGCCCAUCACUCCCUCCUCCCAACCGCUUCACCCUCCACGAUCUUCCCCUCUCCACGACAGUCGCUGGCCUCAAAGCUCGAAUCUCGCAGUCAAUACCAAGCGAGCCUUCUCCAGGGAACCAGAGAUUGAUAUACGGCGGGAAACCGCUGUCGAACGAUGGCGUAACUUUGCAGAACAUACUAGAGCCGGUGGACCAAUCUGAGUAUUCCAUGCAUCUGGUUCUUCCUCCUGCACCCAUUCCCUCUGCCACACCAAUUACCUCUGCUAGUCCUGUCACGCCCACGCCGACACAAGAUUCAACAGGGACUCCCACGCAACGGAACCCUUUUCUCCCUUCUAGUCGAUUUCCUCUGCCAAAUGUCACCCCAAAUGAUCAAGGAAUAAGGCAAAGACGCCCAGUGGCUCCUUCAGCACCCAAUGAAGCCCAAAUAGAAUUCGAGCUACGUCGUAACAUUGAGGCGAUCCGGCGACAGAUCGAUGCGCAAAGACGAGGCGCGUCGCCAUUGCGCACAGAAUCACAGGAAGCCGCGACUACAUCAUCUUUCAAUCCACUCGCUUCCCAUCCAAGUUCCUCGUUGUUUCCCCAACAAGGCGCAUGGCAACCGAUGUCAUCCAAUCUUUCGCAUCCACCUUUGACAUCGACAACUACUACGUCACAUUUCACCAUGUCUUCUGAUGUAGCCCCAUCUAGCUCUAUUGGGGGAAUCAACCCGGAAGAUCGAAUUCUAUACGAAGUACAACCGCGCCUACAAUUGUUACGCCGAGAUAUCGAACUAGAAGAAGAUCUACUCCGCCAAGGCAUUGCACCUCCUAUCAGCCAAAUCACCAGAAUACGAACACAGCUAUUUCAAAUUCUUGAUGACCAGUAUCGGAAUCCGGGCGCCCCACGGGAUGGUACAGUUGAAUCCUUGCUCUCCCGCAUUCUCAACAUAUAUACUCGCGCAGACCAGAUCCGUGUCUCACAAUCUAGCCCCGCAACUUUGCAAAACAACAACCCGGAACGUGUCACGACUACUGAACGUGAAAGGGCACCUCUGUACUUACUAUCGUCCCCCGAUGGAUACCAAGCUCUAGUCACGUCGCCUGGUGGAACAGAAUCGAUUCAGUCAUCACUUGCCGCGCUUCGUGCCGCACACACCCCGGAUGCGUUACCUAUUCAUGGUCCCGGCCAUCCGCCUGAUAUGCAUCGUAAUCCAAACGCAGCCGUUCUUGAAAAUGCUGUGCGCCAGGCCGUGAUGAAUAAUAACCAGCGACAAGAGCGCGUUGGACUAGCGCGAGGUGUGAGACGUAUCUGGUUGUUUGUUCGGUUGUAUUUCUUUUGCUACAUGUUCAGUGAGCCGGGCACCUGGACGCGUAUUUUCUUCGUCACCCUGGCUGUGAUAAUUUCUUUGCUUUCGGAAACAGGUGUACCGCAACAUCUGCAUCGGCUUUUCGUUGCGCCUGUACAGCAACACCUCGAGGGUCUGGUGCACUUUGUCCCAGAUCAACAUCUUCGUCCACAGAAUCAAACGCAAGCUGCCACUGGCCAGGCCGCUGUGAACCCGCCUAAUGGGCCUGUAGAUGGUCGUGGUCGAACCUUUACGUCUGAGCUGAGGCAGAACUUUAGGAGAGUGGAGCGCUCUUUGGCACUGUUCAUUGCCAGCUUGGUUCCGGGUGUUGGUGAAAGGCACAUAGAAAUGCGCAAUACUGCUGAAGCAGCUCUAAAUGCAGAGCGAGCGCGUGGGGAGGAAGAAGAACGCCGUCGACAGGAGGCCGGCAACGAAGAGAAUGCAGAGCAGCCGCCGCACCAGGAGGGCGAAACUGCUCGUCCAGAGCCAGCACAGCAUGACGAUCGAGAAUGA